CUCGGUCUGCUCUGAGACAGACUGGGGAGAAUGGCUGCCAGUGGAGAGGUAGGCAAGCUGUUACAAGUACAAAAUGGGACACCUCCAGCCACCAACUACAACGGGGUAGAUGCUGUCCACGCCUGCAACAUCCUUCAGCAGCUCAAAGUUUUGUACGAUGAAGCACAACUCACAGAUAUUGUCGUAGAAGUGGACCACGGCAAGACUUUCUCAUGCCACCGGAAUGUUCUUGCAGCCAUCAGCCCAUACUUUAGGUCCAUGUUCACCAGUGGCCUUACGGAGAGCAGCCAGCGUGAAGUCAGGAUUGUGGGUGUGGAAUCUGAAUCCAUGCAUCUCGUCCUUGACUAUGCCUACACCUCCAGAGUCGUGCUCUCAGAGUCCAACGUCCAGGCUCUGUUCACGGCAGCCAGCAUUUUCCAGAUCCCUCCUUUGCAGGAUCAGUGUGCCCAGUUUAUGAUCAGCCGACUUGACCCUCAAAACUGUAUAGGCGUCUUCAUGUUCGCAGAUGCAUAUGGACAUCAAGAGUUAAGGGAACGGUCACAGGAUUACAUUCGCAAGAAGUUCCUGUGUGUUUCAAGGGAGCAAGAAUUUCUCCAGAUGACCAAGGAGCAGCUGGUCAGUAUUCUAAACAGCGAUGACCUAAAUGUGGAGAAGGAAGAGCACGUCUACGAGAGCAUCGUCCGCUGGCUAGAGCAUGACCGACCUGGCCGUGAAGCCAACCUUGCAGAGGUGUUUUCCCAGUGCAUCCGUCUGCCAUUGCUGGAUGAAGCCUUUUUCAGUCGGAUACCCGCGCCUUUUGCCUGCGCCCUGACGCUCUCAAAAGACCCUGCUGAAGCAAAAGCUCGUCUCACCGCCACAAACGGCUGUCCACAGCGUCUGGGUAUGACGGCCUCUGAGAUGGUGAUCUGCUUCGACGCGGCCCAUAAACACUCAGGUAAGAAGCAGACGGUGCCUUGCCUGGACACGGCCACCGGACGGGUGUUCAAGCUCUGCAAGCCACCCAACGAUCUCAGAGAGGUUGGCAUCUUGGUGUCACCGGAGAACGACAUCUACAUCGCUGGCGGCUACCGACCGAGCAACAGUGAGGUUUGCAUCGACCAUCGAGCGGAGAGUGAUUUCUGGCAAUAUGAGCACGCAGGAAACCGAUGGCUUCCUCGCGCUCCUCUGCUGAGAGCGAGGAUAGGAUGCAGACUCGUGCAUUGUUGCGGGAAACUUUACGCUCUAGGAGGCCGAGUUUACGAAGGGGACGGACGGAACGCGUUAAAGUCAGUGGAGUGUUACGAUACCAGAGACAACUGUUGGAUGGCAGUCAGUCCAAUGCCAGUUGCUAUGGAGUUUCACAGUGCAGUGGAAUAUAAAGACCGGAUCUACGUCCUCCAAGGUGAAUGUUUCUUCUGCUACGACCCCCGUAAGGACUAUUGGAGCCAUCUAGCACCAAUGAGCAUCCCUCGGAGUCAAGGUCUGGCUGCCUUGUAUAAGAACUGCAUCUACUACAUUGCUGGAAUUUGUAGGAACCACCAACGCACCUUUACAUUGGAGGUCUAUGACAUAGAGAGCAACACAUGGAGCCGAAAGAGAAAUCUGCCCUUUGACCAAGCCACGAGCCCGUAUAUCAAGGCCAUGCUGCUGCAGGGAACGCUGCACCUGUUCGUACGUGCCACGCAGGUCAUGGUGGAGGAGCAUGUGUUUCGCACCAGCCGCAAGAACUCCCUUUACCAGUACGACGACGAGGCAGACAAGUGGACCAAAGUCUAUGAAACCCCCGACCGUCUUUGGGAUUUAGGUCGCCAUUUUGAAUGUGUGGUGGCCAAACUUUACCCACAGUGUCUACAGAAAGUGCUUUGAGCUAAACAAUGAACUUAUCAAGCGGCGUGGGGGAAGUGGUGUCGGUUCUGCCUGCCUUGUGCCUGGAGUUACCUUGGGUUUUACACCAUGCAGAUUUUGUUUUUGUUUUUCUGUUAAGUCUUAAGUUGUUCAAACUUUGGUUUAACGUGAUCAAAAUGGGGGUGGGCUGAAAGAUUGCAGUAUUUUUUUUUCUUUUCUAGACAGCACCAACUACACACACUGAAGCAUGUUUAACAAAACCCUACAACAAAUCAUAAGUGCAAUUAUCCUAUUUUCACUUGUUGAGCCAUGUUUGUCUGUUUUGUUUGAGAUUAAAAGUUAUUGAUUAUGUUUGGCAUACUAAUGAGGGUGUUUGGAUGAUAAAAUGCUGUCUGCAGAUGAGGAUUCUAAGUGUCACCAUAAAGUGAAAAUAUCUAUAUAUAAAUAACUAUAUAAGCUCCAAAUUCAUACGGGUAAGGAGAGUACCAUAGCUCAUUACUUGGUUGCUAACUCGGAGGCUUGUUUGUGUGUGCGUGGGUUUUUUGUUUUUGUUUUUGGGUUUUUUUGUCCAUCCUUCUCCAGCUUAUUUUUAAAUUGGUUGUGAAGUGUGCUUGUGAUUUCAAUUAUCCUAGUGUUUUAAAAUGCAGAAGCAUGACAGUUUUAGGUAUGGGCCUUUAUGGAAAUUCUAAAUUUAAAAGUAAUGACUAAGAAUUUAUUCAAAGUGGAUAAAACUUUUCCUACCACUUCAGAAAUGCAUUAUAUUCACUAUUAGUCAGUUAUAUAAAUACCAUAUGUUGACAGUCAGGUUUAGAUGCAUUAAAACAAUAAGUGCCCAUUUUGCAGUAGUUCACAACUUUUGUGCAAAUAAAAAUUUUUGUAAUUCAGCUGUUCAAAUAACACAGGCUAGUCAGGCUAUCUGCUCUGGAAAGUUUUAAAACGCAUUUUUAGUAUCAGUUUUCUGUCUGACAAGGCAACAGCCCCCCACAAUACGCUUGAAAUCUUUUCUAUUCAAUGUUUCAGCUAAAAUAGACUGGAGUUCAGCAAUUCUUACCUUGAUACAUUUCGGUGCAACACACCAAAGCGUGUUAAAGGUGCCAGUUGAUGUGCAUUCUGUAUUGAAGGGCACCAAGGUGUUCCCCUUUACAGUGCUGAGUGGCACUCCUUUCAUUUCACAUUGUUUUUUUUGUAAUGGAAAAUCUCAAAUGGAUCAAUGUGUCUUUUGGUUAAGCAGUAGGAAAAAUCAGAAUCCUUGUUCCAACCAGCCGAAUGGUGGUGCAGCGCAACAGGUGGGAGAAGAGUCAACGCUGCGUAUAUCUGUAUGAAACUGGAACUUGUCAGACAUCUUGUUGAAAAAGACGUUCACCUGAAUGAGAUCUUCCAUAAAACGUUCAAGAUCCUUGAAUCCUUGGUUGUUCAAAACCUUGGCGUUCCAAUAACCGGCCCAUGCCUAGAUUGUUUUAUUACCCCAUAUUCCUCCACAAGCAUCAGCAUAUAAAACCACAUUGUAUGGAACUAGAACUUUUGUUUCUUUUUUUGGAUACCAAUCGAAUGCGGCUCGCGCUUUCAUUUGUUUUUUCGAGUUGGCAUCCGUUGUGUGUCAUAUGCAAAUAUAUUUUAACUUAAGUGAAGUCUUAGAGUAUUCACUCUCCACAUUGGAGAUAUAAGGACGGAGUCAAAUCUUUGUGCUAACACUAAGCGGCAAAUUCCGACCAACUAACAGGUUUACCUCAGAUUCAUCGGACGUGGAGAAAAGGGACGUCUUCAGGCCGUUCUGUCACGACAGAACAGCCGUGUAAAAAGCUCUGCUUGGGAUUCGGAUGUUCGAUUGGCUUUCGGCCUCGCGUUGUUGUAAUUUUCUAAAAGGUUGACGAAACGCCAUUAAAGGAAAAACAAACAAAAAAAAGCAUUCAAGGUCUUGUGAUAGUCGUGGACGUUGAAACUAAUUUUGUGGUAGCAAUAAAUCAAUGAACUGUGAUUAGGCUUUAUUAUCUUGUAUUACCUUAGUGCAUUAAUGUUUUUGUUUGCUUGUCUUUGCUUGUUUGUGGGAGGGGUAAUGGUCGUACUCGUACCAGUAGUUGUUGGCGGUUCCAUGGGUGCAGACUUGGACUGAUGUGUAAUUUGGUGCAGAUUAUGUGUGACGCCAAUGUGCCUGUGGCUUAAAAAAAUAAAUAAAUAAAAGGGGGGGGUCCGAAGGGUGGGGGGCAUCCAAAUCCACGCCACGCUGUUUGUUAACGUUUGUCCUCAUGAAGAACAUUUGAAAUGUCAGCUCAGCAUUGCACUGAAUUACUAUUCACUUGGGUUGUCCUUAACUGCAAACUUUACGAUGCACCCUCAAACGAGACCUACGCAAGGGUUUGGAGUUUGUUCUAACAGCCAUGUUUUUAUUUCUUCUAUUCUUUGUUGUAGUUUUUUUUUCCAUGCCAUCACUCGGGCACAAACUGUUGGUGCUGCUUUUUUAGACAAUCUUGUGUAAAAAGAAAGAAAACAACAAAAAAACCCACAAUCGACUUGUCCUCCCUGUCAAAGUGAUUAUUAUUAUUUUUUUUCCAGUGCUCAGUUUUCUCAUGCAGGUUGUCAUGUCAUUGAAGCACUGCACGCGUUUGAUUUUUGUUUUGUUGUUUGUUUUGACAUCACCAGACAAGAGUGCCCCUCUAUUUUCUAAAAACGUGUCGGUAAAUAUAUAGAUAUAUAGCAAUCAACAAGAAGGUUUACAUGGAAACGAAUCUUUUAAUGAGUCACAUCCAGCCAGGACUCUGAGGACAUAUUUACUUCUCUGAGAGAAGGCCCGCUGUUCGAAAGACAUUGAGCUGAUUUUGAUCACACUGCUUGGACAAGAACCUCCAAAAGACUCUGCUUCACAAGCGAUCCGUGCGGACCGGGCCUCUCCAACGCGGCCCCAACACGGCCACUCGGGAACCAGGAACGGAGAACUCUCAGGAUUUCUACUGAUAACACAGUACUGUAUUUAAUUUUGAUUUAAUUUUGGUUUGUGAUGUGUAAUAUACUGUACUAUAGGUUUGCUGUACUUGCACAGUUUUCUAAACUUAUAUUCAGUUUCUUUUAUAACUUGGGGGAAAAAACAAAAAAACAACAAAAAAUAGAUGUGAUUUUCUUUUUCUCGUCUCAAGUGGCUGUUUUAUUAUUUUCUCUCCUUAUGUGAUUAUCUAAUUUGUUAUUGUAGUGUAAUCCUCUUACCAGAGAGAAAAAAAUGAGAAAAGAUUGCUCAAUUAGAUUUAUUUUGCCCAGCCCUGUAGUACAUUAGCUUUUGUAACAUCUCGCCACAUCUUUUGAUUAUUUUUAACACCAGUCUUGCCACAACAACAAGCUAAAACAAACUGCUUUCUAUGUCAUAAGAAGCUUGUUCAGAUCAGCUAUACUGUAUUGUUCAUUGGUGCUAUUCCAUUGUUUUCAUUUCUUCUCCUGACUUUUACUUUUAAAAUGUUUUGUUUCUUUUUCUUCGGGUUUCAGGUUAUAGUGGUUGUUGAGCUCAACUGUGAACUUCACAUUGCACAUAAUGAAAAAUAAUAAUAAAAAAACAAUAAGAAUAAUAA